UGUUAGUCAGAAAUACAUAGACAUAUUCGAGGAAGUUGCAUUGUGGCCACUGCUAGAUCUCCCCAAACACCAGCGUGAAAAUACUGCAAAAUAUACAAGCAUCAGCAACCACACAGCCUUGGAAUCUUCUUUUGUACAGUCUCUGUUUUGCCUUUAGUCUUUAGUUGGCAAGCAGUUUUCCUCCUGGUUGCAGGUCAGGAGGCUUGGGGGCGGGACGGGGGGGAGACGGAGGGAGAAAGGGUGUGUGGGGAAAGGGGUAUCCGAAACCUUCUGAUAAUCUGGAAGAAGCAGGAGGAUCUCCAAUGAGCAAGGAAAUGUCAUGGUUAACACGCACAAAACUAGGCUGAUAUUUAGUGAGCCACUCGGUUCUGUUCUUGCAAUUAAAAAAGAAAAGAAAAAAAAAACUUAUAUGGAUCCAGAUUGUCCGGUGCAGCAGAAAGUCUGGAGCGAUUUUGUUUGGUCGCUGUAACGAAGAAAAAGAGAAGCUGUCAUUUUGUGUGUGUGUGUGCCCUAUACAAGGGCCUCCUGGUUCCUUGUUAGCUUAUAGAGGGGGGAAAAAACGCGUUUGAUGUUACAUCUGACCAGCUGCUGUUCUCCAUAAUAACAAGAGAGAGAACUGCCUGCCCUAGUGAGUUGCGUCACUUUUGCUUCAACUUUAGGCUAGAAAUCAAGAGAGCGAGAGAGAGGAGAGAGAACUUUCAAGGAAGCAGGAGGGAGCUGGAAAGCCCUGCAGCCUGCCUCCCACCCACUUACCCCUCCUCCUUUGCCCCCUCCUUCCCCUCCUCCUCCCCCCCAAAAACUUUUCCAUCAGAGAAAGAGGGAGAUCUCUUUGGAAACAUGGAGCUGCUGUGCUGUGAGGUGGAUCCCAUGCGGAGAGCUCUGCCCGACCCGAACUUGCUCUACGAUGACCGCGUUUUGCACAAUUUGUUAACCAUAGAAGAGAGGUAUCUGCCCCAAUGUUCCUAUUUCAAAUGCGUCCAGAAGGACAUCCAGCCCUUUAUGAGGAGGAUGGUGGCGACCUGGAUGUUGGAGGUCUGUGAAGAGCAGAAGUGUGAAGAAGAGGUUUUCCCCCUAGCCAUGAAUUACUUGGACAGAUUUCUAGCUGUGGUGCCCACCAGAAAGUGCCAUCUGCAGCUGCUGGGGGCAGUUUGCAUGUUCUUGGCCUCCAAGCUGAAAGAGACAAUCCCCCUCACUGCAGAGAAACUUUGCAUAUAUACGGACAAUUCCAUCAAACCCCAAGAGCUGCUGGAGUGGGAGCUGGUGGUGCUGGGAAAGUUGAAGUGGAAUCUUGCAGCAGUGACUCCACAUGAUUUCAUUGAACACAUUCUAAGAAAACUGCCUCUACCUAAAGACAAGUUGCUUUUGAUCCGGAAGCAUGCACAAACAUUUAUUGCCCUUUGUGCCACAGAUUUUAACUUCGCCAUGUAUCCACCAUCAAUGAUAGCAACUGGAAGCGUGGGAGCAGCCAUCUGUGGCCUUCAGCUUGAUGAUGGGGAAAGUUCACUCUCCGGUGACAGCCUAACGGAACUCCUGGCCAAGAUCACAAACACAGAUGUGGACUGCCUUAAAGCCUGCCAAGAACAGAUUGAGUCGGUGCUAGUAAGCAACCUUAGGCAAGUCCAGCAACAGCAAAGCAAUCCUUCUAAGAUGGUGGAUGAACUGGACCAGGCCAGCACUCCCACAGAUGUGAGAGACAUCAACCUGUGAGGACGUCAGCCCAGACAGUCAUGCUUGCUCCCCCAGCUCCUUCCCCCCUUUUUUAGAAUGAAAUCUUUUUUUUAAUCUGCUCCCACAUAGAACGUAUUUAAAGCUCUUUUAGAUACAAAACAAAAAAAAAUGAGUAAUUUAAAAAAGCAUUUGGUGCCUGUGAUGUUCUACAGAAGGGAAUCCCACGAUAUGUUUGAUAAUUGCUGUUUGAUUAUGUAUCGGUGAUAUUAAGUGCUUAUAAAAGCAUAAAAAGUAGCUAGAUAAAUGUAAGCCUGCAUUUGUGGGAACAAAGUAGAGUAUACUUUUUUGUGCGUGCAUUAUGACCUAGUGCAUACACACCCUUUUUUAAAGUUAAGAAAGGAAUUGUGUGUGUGAUGUUAUGGCUUGACUAGAUUGCAAAGCAAUAGAAUUAAGGGGUUAGGGCAAAGUGGGAAAAGAUCCCUGAAGUGAUUGAACCAUUUUGGAUGCAGAAGAGAUUUGCUGAUCUAUCACCUCUGUUAUUAGUCAGAACUGUUUGUUGGAUCUCUGUAUGUUAGUUUUGUUUACUCUUGCUGUCUGUGGUAGCUGCUACCUAAGAAAGAAGAUGCUUUAUUUUGCCAGCCGGAAGAGCAGGUGUUUCUCCCUCCCACCCCUGCCCACUGCUUCCUACUUUUCCUCCAGAAAUGGUUCAUUCUAAACACAACAGCAUCUUUGGCAAAAAGCUGAUCCUGCUAUCCAGCAGUGGUCCACGCCAAAGUAUAGAAUGCUUGCAUUAGAUGACAGAAAUAUACAGAUUAAAAAUGACCUGUCAACGAAUCAGACCACCUCAGAACUUUGGAUUCCUAGAUGCAGUGGAUCAUCUGUGAAAAAGCAUUAUAUUCAUUCACAAUGCUAAUGCUACACGUCAAUGUUAACUUUUGGCAGCUCCUUAGUUUGGUGUAAAGGCAAUUAAAUGAUGCUCUGCCCAUCUUCCUUUUUAACAUAUCCUCACUAUGUUAAAGAAGAUGUGAUUUCCUUUGAUCCCCCCCUCUCCCUCCAAAAAACACAUUUUCCAGAUUUUUAUAACUUUACUGGUCCACAGUUAGCAUUAUUAUAAACCAUUUCAUUCGAAAAGCACUUUGAAAAUUGUUCCUAAGGGAUAAAUGAGAUGGUUUAUGACAAUUGUGCUGAGCAAAAGAAAAAAAAAAGCAGCAAUGCAUAUAGCUUUUAAUAGUCAAUAUUUUCCAGUAUCUGAUGUACUUUGCUAGUUCUGGUGUUGCUGGAAAUUCCAACACCUGCUUCGGAUGACAUUCCUGUCACAACAUUCCGGAUGAAAGUCUGACAAUUCUGUGUAUUGUUCAGUGUCAGAAGGAUCUUAAUACCACCCGCAUGCUUAUCUAUGGACAAUGAAAGAAAAUUGCUGGUGCAAAAGACACAAAUGGUAAACAUCAAGGUGCGUGACUUUGAUUUUUAUUACAAAGGUGUAUUCAGUGUACUUGAAUUUAUUUUUCCUGCUCCAUCUGUAAAGAAGAGGCAUUUAGAUGGCAAAGGAGAUGGGGCAAUUUUUUUUUUUUUGCACAAUUGUAUUAACAGAUUGCAAAUAUACAGUUUGAAGCUGUUGGAUGAAAUGUUAAUGUUUGCAUUUUUUUAAAGAUAAAAAUCCAGAAAGAACAUGCUACUUUGAAGAAUAUUUUAUGAAUGGACUCUGCCAUAUUUGGCUAGAUGAGGGUAGAAAAUGGAGUAAGAAUCUAAGGGGUUUAUUUUGUUUGGUUUUUUUUUUUUUUUUGCGCUGCUAAGAAGCUAUGAUUUGUUUCAUUCUUAUUCACAUUAACAGUACUUAGCUGUAUUGUUUCACUGAGUGUGCUGCUAUUUUAUAAACAUUUUUAUAAUAUAUUAUUUUACUGCUUAAAUUUCAAAUCCUGAAGUAGACGGUUAAGUGGAGAUAAGAUGAGUUGUUAGAUUUACUGGAAAUGCCCUGUACAGUUGUUUUCUAAUAGCGUGCUCAUGAUUUUUUUUUAUUUUAUUUUAUUUUAUUUUUCUGAUCACAUCCUGCAAAGACAGUAUAUUUACCUCAGGUUUACUGGACAAAAAAGGUUCCCAUUUUCACAAUACCUCACAACUUUACAGUUCUUUCCGCUGGGAGCCUCAUGGAAUGGUCAGUGCAAAAGGCAGCCAAAGCCUGUGUUUUGGUGAGCAAAGCACAGUAGCUUCAGUUGUGUAGGGGAACAGUUGUAGAUUGCAGGGACAUUGGGCUCCCGUUUGGUCUUAGGUGUCCGUUUCAUAGUGGAAAAAAUACAUUAACAUGAGGAUCCGUUCAGCAAAGAUUUCUGCACAUAUAGGUCUCGAUCCUGGAAGCACUUAAGACCUGAUUCUCCACUGUAUGUCACCUUAUUUAGUCAUUUGUAUUUGUGCAAAAUGAGUGCCUUGUGGAUAUUAAAAUGUUAUCUCCGACAUAAGUAGAAAAUUCUGGUUUGGGAGCAUUUUACACUUACUUUGCCCUGAUGCAAAUGAUUACUCAAGGUGCUGGACAGUGAGCAUUGUACCUUUGCUACCUAGUGUAAUGCUUUACUACCAUAAGUAAUCCCACAGGGCUAGAUCAUGACUUUAUGGUUGUCUGCAUUGUUAUGCUGCCCCUAGAGCAGUCCAGAAAACAGAUUAUGACCCCUGAAGUCACAGUCCCCUCCUGGUCUCCUGUCUACUUCAAAAAGGGAAUAAACUGCACCAGGUCUAUACUCGGUGUAGCGUAUGCAUCACAAUGCACCAGUGCAGCUACAUGGCUGGCCACAUUGAGGGUGGGGGAGCUGGGGCUCUACCCCUUUCCACCCACCUGUGUAGGGAGGGGGUUGUCCAGCUGUGUGGUGCCUGCUUCCUUGCCCACGAUGCUGCCUGUGAUACUGCUAGUUAGCCACACCAUGAUUUGGCAUAUAGAAAUCAAUGGGCCUACUUCUGGUAGUAAGCACUUGGUUCAAUAGUGUUUGUGGAAUCAGGCCCUUAAUUUUCAGUGGAUUUAGAAAUAAUCAGCCCAGUACUUUUGUAAUCCUCAAAGGGAGUUUUACCUGAGUAUGACUUCAGGAUUAGGCCCAACAGUCUUCUCUCAGUGGCUGGGUAUCAAAAGACAAAACAAAUGGUCUUAAAGUAAUACUGCCAGGCUUUUUGAACCCCAGAUUUUACAUGCUUUUAACACUGCAUAUUAUAACAGAAAACACCUUUUUGUUAUGGCUAUGUUAAGUAUUCUCAAUGAAAACCGAAAACAUAGCUCCAGUUCCCACAAAUUCCUUUGGAGGGCACUCCAAGCAAUUUCAGCUGUCUGUCUAUGCAAAGGUGUUUGCAGCAUCAGGUGCUGAGAUAUUUGAGAUUUUUGUAUUUUGUUUCAAUUUUCUGAAAUCAGUCCAAUUUUGCAAAACAGCCAAUGUCCUACAAAAUGUUAGGUAUUUUGCUUAAAAAGAUAGAGCAAGUGAAAACAGUAAAAUUUUCACUCUAAAAUGGCCAUAUAAUUAAACAGAAACCUUGACAUUUUCCAAAUUGUGGAAUUUAGUUCUUACAAAGAUAAACAUUUUCACAUUAAAAACAUGAAAUUUAGCAGGUUCUGGUACAAAAAACUCAUAUUAUGAAAAAAUCAUGGAAAGUGAGAUUAUGCCCCCCAAAAAUCUGCACAGCCCUGCUCCUUAUAAGAUCUUACUGUGACAUAUAGAACUUUCAUAUGGGCAUAUACCAAAGUGAUUUAUGGACUGGACCAAAUUCUUUGCUGACUUGUGCCCCUUAAAACACCCUUGAUUUUAGAGGAGCUGUACAUGUGUAAGUCAGCAUAGUAUUUGGCCAUUGUGUUUAUGGAGAUCACUUCACCUACUUCUGGUCUGGAACACAGCAGUCGUGUGCCAGCAACACUAAACAGCUGUUUGUAGAACUGAAACCGUAAGGAGAAUGUAGGCCAGCAGAAUGGAAGGUAAUUACCCAACGCUAGAAUUUGGCCAGGACAGCAGGGUUAAGAAUUGUGAAAAGUAUCAUAGGACUUUUAACAACCACAAUGGUCAGGACCUUGGUUUUCAUUUCAUUCAAAAAAAUAGCACUUUUCCAAGCACAGUUCCUUCUAGCACCAUGCUAGGCAUUGGCUCGCUAUGUACUCAGAAGGAAGAGUGCUGUCUGCUGAAUCAUUAGCACCAUUUCCUGCAGUACAUACAUUUUCCUUGAAAGGUUCAUCAUUAAGGCUUCUCUGCUGCAAUCAGAUCUGUGCAGGCAGUCUCUUGCACCCAUGUGGAGCCCAAAUGACUUCUGUGGAACUCAGUGCAGGCACUGAAGUCCACUUGUGCUGAUCUGAUUACAGGAGUGAGAUGUAAGUGUGAAAUUCCCUAUGUUAUGGAGCGCUAACUGCCAUUCUGUACCCCUGUGUAGUGCAGAGAGGGGUCUUCACAUCAUCUUGGAAUAGGCCAGCUUGGAGAGAGUUCUGGGGACAGGAAAGUGAAUACACAGAUUAGUUUCCAAAAAGGGAUGUGGAGAAGCUACAUAGGAGCUUUUGACCUGUCAGUAGAUUAGGGAUGAAUUUCAUCCCCCUCACUCUAGGUUUGUGCCCUGCAUAUAGCACAAUUACUCAGGCAUUAUGCAGUCAUGGGCAAAUUUCACCCUAAAGAACCUGGUAGAUUAUAACUCAGAGCCUUAUCCUGCAAACACCUGUGCAUGUGAGAACUUCACCUGUAUGAGUAUUGCCAUUGACAAUGGGACUACUGUAAAAUUAUUCAGGGGUAUAUGUGUUUGUUGAAUCAAGUCCUCACUGCAUUACCAUGUAGGAUUAGUUUUUUGUUUGUACCUUAGUAUUCCUUUAAAAACUGCCUCUGAGCAUGAUAUAGUUAAAUAAUGUAGUCCUUUAUUUUGUGUAAAGCUGACACAUAAAAAGUACAAUUGGAGCCCACAUGCACAAUUUAUUUCAUAGGACCUACACUGUGUGCAGUCAUUUUUAACAAAUACAUUUGAUGCUGCAGUGGUGUAGUAAAAAAUAAACAAUUACUAUGCGGUUAGAAUCAAGAGGGCAUUUACUAUUAUAAGACAGAGCUCUCAAAGUAUGUAAAAUCUGGGUCCUAACAACUUGACAAUAUCACUUAAAAUGAAAACUAUUGUACUUUUGCACAAUUUUCAUUUCAAACUGAGGACAAGAAAGUCAGCAUUGGUUUGUUUUUUUUGUCUGGCAUCAAAAACUGCUAUCUCAAAGCACAAGUGUGUGAUUUUUUUCAAAUACCAUAAUUCAGCCUUUUUCUCUACAGCCCACUUUGAAAAAAGUGCCUUGCAGAUUGUACCUUCCCAGAUCUUAGGUAUAGUAUGGCAAAUAUUUGUCAUUUUUAGUGGAAUAUUUGGUUUUUCUAUCUAUCUUCUGUCUUAGGUACUUAUAUGGUCCCCAUCACUAUAGUAUCUGAGUGCCUCACAGUCUUUAAUGUAUACAUGCUCCUAAUACCCCAGUAAGGUAGGGAAGUGCUAUUAUCCCAACCUAAUGCUGCUGGUCUUUGCUUGAAUAAUUGGACAGCUCAAAAGUUCCCAGCAACUCACCCGGCCACUGGAUUUUUUCCACUAUGUGUAUUACCAUGUUAUCAUGUACCUCAGAAAUCACUCUCAGUUGCACAGUUUCUGUUCUCAAACUUUUUUUUUUUUUUUUGCUUUAAUGAGUGUGAUGCCAUAUCAAGUCAAAGUUAUCCUCUCACAAUGUGCUCUUUAAGAGGUGUGGAUGUUUAUAUGGUCAGGGGAUGCUAGAGAGUGCGGUAGUAGACAUGAUCAGUGUAAACAAAAAGUAUUUAGAAAGUAUGUGAGAUUGUUUUUUGAUGGAUAAGAUUCUGAUAAAGUGUAGUCUCGAUUACCUUUUAAAAGGUCGUCUCUGUUCAGUGUUAAGUCAUUUUUAUUAAUAACCUGUUGUUUUGACUAGUUUAAAGAUGGUUUUAAGAAAUGUGUUUUGGCGGGAUUAGGUAUGCUGUAUGGACAAUAAACUCACCUUGACCUGAA